AUGAAAUUAUUUUGCUGCAUUUCAACAAUUUUAUUUUUUGUAACAUUUGGUCAAGAACCAACAUUUAUGCAAAAUUGUGAUGAAGCACCAACACCGGAAGCAAGGCAUGUUUGUUUAACGUUACAGCAAAUGGCUCGUAAUUCAAGGCGUGAAAUGACAACAAAUCAAAUAACUCUACCAUCACCGCCCGCAUUUCUUCAACCAGCGCCACUGGAUCCAUAUGCACGAGGUCAAGUGGCUAGUCAUCCUUAUGAUUGUAUGACGAUCACCUGCUUAUGUCCAUUUUUUCAGGGUUCAAUAGGACCUCGAAAUCAAUGUAUAUUACCGGAUGGUCAACUUUUAACAAUGGCAUACCGUAAGGAAUAUCGAAUGCUUACCGAAGAUGAACGUUUGAGAUUUUUUAAUGCGAUGGCAAUAUUGAAACAAAGUGGCGAAUAUGACCGUAUGAGUUAUGAGCAUCAGUUGGUAGGUCAGGGAAGUGGUGCACAUUCAGGACCCGGUUUUUUACCAUGGCAUCGUGAAUUUUUAAAACGAUUUGAAAUUGCACUCCGUCUAAUUGAUCCAAAAGUAUCAUUGCCAUAUUGGGAUUCCGUUAUAGAUCAAUAUUUGCCGGAUCCGAGAGAUUCAGUUUUCUUUAGUCCUUAUUUCAUAGGUGAAACAGACGGAUAUGGUAACGUAGUGACCGGACCGUUUGCUUAUUGGAGUACAAUCGAUGGUAGAACAGCUAUUCUCCGAGCACUUGGUGAAAAGGGAAAAUUAUUUACGGAAUAUGAUAUUAUUGAUAUCAUAUCACAAGUAUCAGUUGAACAAGUUAUGGCUUACACUGCACCAUUAAAUGAUUGUCCAUAUCCACCAGCAUUUUCUGCUAUUGAAUAUACACAUUCAUUUGUUCAUCUUUGGAUUGGUGGACAUAUGGAACCACCUGAGCAAUCCUCAAAUGACCCCGUCUUUUAUGGCCUUCAUGCAUUUGUUGACCUUAUCUGGGAGUUAUGGCGACAAAGUCAACAAACACGUUGGGCACGAGAAAAUCAAUAUUCGCAAGAUAUUGAACAAUGUGCCGAUCCACAGCACUUCAGUUAUGCUAUCAUGCGACCAUUUAAUUUGAUUAAUCGUGAUGGUUUAUCAAAUUUGUACACCGAACAAAUGUACCGCUAUGCACCACGACCAGGUUGCAGUUUUGAAAUACCAACCUGUGGCUCACCUUAUCUCUUCUGUGAUGCGCGAAUUUCACCGCAUUGUGUUUCUAAAAUUAAAUUUGGCGGUGUUUGUACCGGUUUCGAAGGACUUGACGCAUGCUUCAAUGGUAUUUGUGUUGCUGGAAGAUGUAUAUCAGGAAUUAUGCCAGCUCCAUUUGUACCACAAACUGAAUUACCCUCAACACUUCGUGGUGAAAUUACCCGACAAUAUGCUUCCCGGCAAUUUACUGAUUGCUUCAAUCGAAUGCCAUGCUGUGAACAAUGGGCUAAAGAUGGUGACUGUCACACAAAUAAGUCACCGAUGGUAAAAUUUUGCGCCGCAGCAUGUGGCAAAUGUCGCCCUUCAUUUAACGUUUCAGAUGAAUGUGCUGAUCGACAUGUAUCAUGUAAGCAAUGGAAAAGUGAAAAUCAAUGCUUUGGAAAUUCCGGAGAUUUUAUGGCUGAAAAUUGUCGCACAUCAUGUGAACUAUGUGAAAAGCCGAAAAAUGCAGAUUGUCAAAAGCGAAAAAUUCAUUUGAAAAAAUUUAUGCAGUCAAAAUUGCAAACAUCAAACAAAACUGAUAAUGUCAAAGCAUCAAAUGAAACAAAUCAUGGUGACAAGAAUACUGUCGAAUAA